AUGCUCAGUACCGGAGGGGGCGCCGCACUGGCCCUCUGCUUCUGGCUGCCCUGUGUGCUGGCACUGCGGGUGUACACGAACAGCUGGGCCGUGGAGGUGCCGGCGGGUCCCGAGGAGGCGGAGAGGAUAGCCAGGAAGUUUGGCUUCGUCAAUAUGGGGCAGGUUAUACGUGGCAGUCAUUUCUAUCAUUUGCAACAUCGAGGAGUGCAAAGAAAAUCGCUAAGUCCUCACUGGGGUAGACAAGUCUGGCUUAAAAAGGAACCUCAGGUACGUUGGUUUGAGCAGCAGACUGUAAAGAAGAGGACUAAAAGACAGAUCAGCAUGGUGCCCACAGACCCCUUUUUCCGUAAGCAGUGGUAUAUGAACAAUGAUGUUAGCCCAGACCUGAAUGUACUGUCUGCAUGGGGUCAUGGCUUCACUGGACACGGAGUGGUGGUGACUGUCCUGGAUGACGGCAUUGAAAAAGAUCAUCCUGACCUGGAAGAGAAUUAUGAUCCUUUGGCAAGCUAUGAUUUUAAUAAUGAUGACCCUGAUCCACAGCCCCGAUAUAAUCCAUCUGAUGAAAAUCGCCAUGGAACGCGCUGUGCUGGCGAAGUGGCUGCGGUUGCGAAUAAUGACAUCUGUGGUGUUGGCAUAGCACACAAUGCACGGAUAGGAGGGGUACGGAUGCUUGAUGGAUUGAUUACUGAUGUUAUAGAAGCUCGGUCAUUAAGUCUGAAUUCACAGUACAUACAUAUCUACAGUGCCAGCUGGGGACCAGAAGAUGACGGGAAAAAUGUGGAUGGACCAGGCAUACUGGCCAUGGAGGCUUUUUAUAAGGGAAUUGUGAAUGGACGUGGUGGUCUUGGCUCAAUUUUUGUUUGGGCCUCAGGAAAUGGUGGCUUGCAUUAUGAUGAUUGUAACUGUGAUGGUUACACCAACAGUAUUUUUACUUUAUCCGUUGGCAGCACCACAGAGAAUGGAGAAGUCCCAUGGUAUAGUGAGGCUUGUGCAUCAAUGCUCACUACCACCUUCAGCAGUGGCAUCAGGAAGAACAGACAAAUUGUCACUACUGAUAUACGCUACCGUUGUACAGAGCAGCACACUGGAACGUCUGCAUCUGCUCCUCUAGCUGCUGGAAUUAUUGCACUUGCACUGGAAGCAAAUCCGGCUCUCACAUGGAGAGAUGUACAGCACAUUGUGGUGCGUGCGUCAAGUCCUGCUACCCUAAAAGCUGAUGACUGGGUGAUAAAUGGAGUAGGCAGAAAAGUGAGUCACCAUUAUGGCUAUGGACUUCUGGAUGCUGGAAAACUGGUGGACCUGGCUCUAAAGUGGCAAACGACACGUCCUCAGAGAAUGUGCUUAGUCAGGCUUGUGAGUAAUCCUCAGAGAAUAUCUUCUCAUCUUGUAGUGAGUCUCAGUGUCAGUGGCUGCUCUGGAACACCAAACUUUAUCUUGUCUCUUGAGCACGUUCAAGCCCAAGUCUCCCUCAGCUUUACUCGCAGGGGUGAUCUUGAAAUCUACCUCACCAGCCCUAUGGGUACACGUUCUGUGCUGGUGGCAUUGAGACCAUAUGAUACCAGUUCUGCGGGGUAUAAAAACUGGUCCUUCAUGAGUACACAUACAUGGGAUGAAAAUCCACAAGGCACAUGGACUCUUGAAUUGGUGAACAAAGGAGACUACCGGAACAUCGGAUUCUUGAACAGCUUUGUGCUUUUUCUGUAUGGGACUAAUGAAGACUUGAUGGCUAGAAAAGUACGAAGUCCAGUAUUGACAGAGUGCCUAAGCCAUGACCCCAAUGGAGCAUGUCAGGAGUGUGAACCACCGUUUUAUAUGUUGAGAAACCUCUGCAUAUCCUAUUGUCCGCCAAAAUACUUUAAGGCUGUACAGAAGGCGAAGACAAUAGAAAAAGAGCCCCAGGACCAUAAUACUGCUAGGAUUUGUGCCCCAUGCCACCCUUCCUGCUAUACUUGCAGGGGUGAUUCUGCUAAUAAUUGCACUUCUUGUCCUUUGUUUUCUACCCAUGAUAACCAACAAUGGUCCUGCUCACAACUUAGCUUUCCAAGAGCUUAUUCUGGAAUAAUGUGCUAA